CCCGUCCCGAGCCUCGACCUGGCCUCGACGUUCGUUCACAUCUUCGCAGGCUUGUGACUGCAGCAGAAUCACGAACCAAGAUGGCUAAUCUACCUCCUGGAACCGCCCCAAUCAAGGCUGAAUUUCUUGUCUCCGCUGCGACGCGGGCCAUCCCCGAUGAUGAUGCAGCGGAAGGCAGUACGAGCCAUGUAAACGGUCGCAAGGACGGAGAACCCACGCAAGACUCAGACCGCGGUACGGCGCUCUCGGGGGCCCAGCGCAAGAAACUGUCCAAGGAAGAGCGUAAGAAAAAUCGCGGCGCGAACAAGGGCCGACGUUUUGCGCGCGUUCAGGACGAGGUCGAGCUGUGCUGGAAGGUCGCUACUGGAAAGGAUUGCGAGUUUGGCUCUGAGUGUCGCUUCACGCAUGAUGUGUCGGCCUAUCUCAACGUAAAGCCGAAGGACAUCCAUUUCCCUGCAUCAGAAGACCUACUCGAUGCCCCGCCAUACGUCCGCGGCCGCUUGUCGCCUGAUGUCGAGAUGUCCGAGAGUAGUAACACCUCCAUAGACUUAUCCACAAAGUGCCCCGUCUUCGAACGUACGGGCGAAUGCAAACAUGGUCUCAAAUGUCGUUUCCUUGGCGGACACGUUCGUCCAGUCGAGGGCGGCGCCGUCGACCUUGUUUCAGACGAAGAGAAAAAGGCACGAGCAGCGGGCUCCGAGCAGGAGCUCAAUUUCAUCGACGGCCCGACCCUCAAAAUGAUCAGGACCAAGAAGUACCCACAACCCAUCUCUGGCGCGUAUCUCAAAGAGCUGCAAGCCGCAGGAGAGGAGUCCAAAGUUGCCUCUGAACCUUUGGUUGCCCAGGAUGCCGCACCCGCCUCCUCCAUCGACGUACAAACCCCGGAUGCACCCGCGCCAGCUACCACCGACACAGAAGAUCAGUCUCAAAAAGACACGCCAGAUGUGCCUCUUCGGUUCAGCGAGAAGAAACGAUUACAUUGGAAAGGGAAAACAUAUCUCGCGCCUCUCACCACCGUUGGGAACCUGCCUUUCCGCAGACUGUGCGUUGACUACGGUGUGGAUAUUACCUGCGGCGAGAUGGGCCUCGCGAUGUCGUUCCUACAAGGCUCGAAGGAGGAGUGGUCGCUCGUCCGGCGGCACCCGUCCGAGUCCACCUUCGGAAUGCAGAUUGCAGGCAGCAAACCGGCGCUGCUCGUCCCCGCCGCGGAGAUCAUCGGCCGCGAGUGUGCGGGCAACCUCGACUUCGUCGACAUCAACUGCGGCUGCCCGAUCGACCUCGUGUAUAAGACUGGCAGUGGCUCCGCUUUGCUUGACGCUGCUGGAAAGCUGGGGAAGAUUAUCAUGGGGAUGAACAAGGCACUUGGAGACAUCCCCGUUACGGUCAAGCUCCGUACGGGAGUGAAGGACGGGCGUAAUACGGCGCACAAGCUCAUGCCGCGCUUGGCUCCUGAAUUUGGCGUAUCCGCGAUCACGCUACACGGGCGGACACGGCAGCAGCGCUACACCAAGCUCGCCGACUGGGACUACAUCAAGCAGUGCGUCGACGCCGUCCGCGCCAGGGAACAAGAUGAGGGCCUCGCGCCAGUACCGAUCUUCGGCGGCGGCGACUGCUUCUCCUCGCAAGACUACUGGGAGAAGAUGGAUGGCACCGGCGUCGACGGUAUCAUGAUCGGGCGCGGCGCGCUCAUCAAGCCGUGGAUUUUCACCGAGAUCAAGGAGAGGAGGGAGUGGGACAUCAGCUCGCGAGAACGACUCGACCUCGUCCGAAAGUACGCGGAGUACGGGUUGAAUCAUUUCGGAACGGACACAGCGGGGGUGAACACCACGCGCCGAUACCUCUGCGAGGCGCUCUCCUUCCAAUACCGCUACAUCCCCAUCGGCCUGCUUGAGACCCUCCCGGGACGCCUCAACGACCGCGCGCCAGCGUUUCGUGGGCGCGAUGACCUAGAGACACUUUUGGCGAGCCCCGACAGUAGGGACUGGGUCAAGAUCUCUGAGAUGUUCCUUGGGCCAGCCCCUGAAACGUGGACAUUCACGCCGAAGCACAAGAGCAACGCAUACGGAAGCGAGGAGAGCCAGGGCUGAACGCCCAUUCGGAUGUUGCUGUCUACCAGUACAGUAAGUCGUAAGGACAUGGGCUUGUGAUUUGAGAACAGUUAUAGCUUGCUUGUAUCAGUGCACAUGGUUGCAUGUUGUUUGUAACAGAUCUCUGUAGUAGCCAAUGUAUGCCAUUGAGCAUGGCAAAUUAGACCUUUUCAUAUGCAGA